CACGGGGGAGAACCCCACCGCGUGAGCGCGUCCAGGUUGAACCCGACCGGAUGCGACGCUCGAAGCGCACCUCCCAAGUGACGAUUCGAUGCGACGCGCCCCUAACAUGGCCGCGGUAAGCAUGACGAAGCCGCGCAAGCGCGUUGCUACGGGCAAACAAAUCUACUCGACGAGUUAUGAACCGUCAAAAGUGCGAUGCGCGUUCGCCACGCGCACCGCGCGCAACCCUCGCCGCUUCCUCAGGUGAGUGGCGGCUUCGGAACUCACUCGCAUGGACCACUUCGAGACUCUGACGGCGACUCAGUCGCCGGUAGACCCGUUCGGAACUCCACCGGCGACCCCGCGCCCCGCGGCGGAUGUGGCGGAUUUCAUUAACGCAUUAUGGAGUCGCGGUGGUGCGCGCGGAGCGCGCCACUGGAGCGCCGAAGGCGCGACAGGCGGAGAGCACGCCAGCGCAGGCGGAGCAUGCUCGCUGGCAGAUGGUGGAAUCGCCGGGGUGCGCGCGGAGCGCGCCACUGGAGCGCCGAAGGCGCGACGGGCGGAGCGCGCGUCAGCGCAGGCGGAGCACGCUGGCACACGGUGGAGUCACAGGCGAAGCGCGGAUAAUUUUACGGUGCAGCGAAGCGCACCCACAGGCCACCUUGUACUAAAUAAAGCUACAUACAAAAAUGUGUAG